CACAGUCGGGGGUCGGCAACACCACAGAGAGGCUGAAGAAGUUGUGACUGCCCUCCUCAACUCACUCUGCUCAUUGGAUUAGAGUAAUGCCAAAAUCGCGGUCACUCAAGAUCGACGUUCAACGUCAGGCAGUAUACGAUGCGCGAGAACUUUGGUCACCUUCGCCCUCUCCUGUGGAAGACUGGGGUGACGAAGCGGACGUGGAUUUCGAGAUGCAAAUCGUCGGCGAGGAGGUAGCAUUCAAUGGAGCCAUGAAAUACGAGGUGGCGUGGAAGAACUGGAUGCGUCCGGACGGCACAAACACUACAUGGGAGGGACCUGAAACCACCAGCGAGGAGUUGCCCACGCGCGAGUGGCUCUCUACUGUGCAAGUCAGGACUCCAGCGCGACCAGAUAUCGUCUUAUGGGGCAGCACAGACAUCACCAACACUCUCACACGGGAGCACAUUCAGGGUCUACGUUCACUCUCAGCAGACGAAAUGUGGGCAUUCGAGAAGGAUUUCGAUGAACUUGAGUCGGCCCGAGAGCAGCUGCAGCAUGCAAUGCAGUACGUUCCCCACUCGGAUGAAUAUGUGGAGAGUCGAAGACCGCGCACGUUCCAAGAGAACGCUGAGGCCGGGCCGUCCAGGCCACUGAUUCUGCUGCUGUCCGAGACGACGAAGUCCAGCCCAAACGCCACUCUCGUGCAGCUUCUUUCACAGGCUCAUACUCAAUCUCCAAGAAGUCAUGGAAACUGGCGAAGGAAGACACUGCCGACUCUCGUCAUCGACCCAUGAUAUUCUCGUGGCGAGCCGGACUACCAUUGCCUAUACCUAGACUUCCUUCUGGAUCAUCACAGGCCUCUGUGCCUAUAUCAAACGCGGGGACUCGGACUCGAUUGGUUCAUGUUGACCCGUCGCAACACCCGGAAGCGCGACGGGUACUGCAGCCUUCACCGACGAAGCCGAAGAACAAGUCUGCCGAGCCUGUCUUUCCCAUUCGCGCUUCUCUUCCAAUCUCGAUUUCGCCUUCUUUGACGCACAGGAGCAGUCGGCUGAGAACGAUCCCGAAGGUGUCAUCCUCAUCGUCGAUAGACGCUAUUCAGGAUGUGUGGCCCAACAAACGGAAAACAACGCUUCCUUCGUCACCAUUGGACUGUGCAUCUUGGAAACGAGUUCGCCUGACGGACACCUACCCGACACCGCCAGCGUCGAAUCGCUCCAGCGCCUCUUUGAUAGAACUCAAAGCGCAGUCAAGAAGGAUGUCACUCCAGCAGCAGUGGUCUGACUUGGCCAGAAACGAUCGUGGAGCUGAGCGUGUCUCAUUCGUGAAUACAGUCAAUGACGAAGCGGUGCCGGACGGACUGGAGGGCUUUGUCUACCUCGAACACUCGUACCGCCUUCCGCCACAGCUGGGUUCGGUCCCCUGUCUCGAUUUGGAGAGUCGAGAAUUGCAUCCAGCGACUCCGCUGACAGACCGAGAUAGGCUCGUCUACUGUGACUGCAAGCCCGGUUGCACAAAUGCUGAUCAGUGCACCUGUCAGUCAAACUGCGAAGAAGCCGGUUAUGCCUAUACGGAUGGCCUGUUCAAUUUUACCUAUCACAAGAACCAGAUCGUUGUGGAGUGCAAUCCUUAUUGCUCUUGCCCCGAGACAUGUCCGAAUCGCGUGGCUCAGAGACCCCGACACAUCCCGAUCGAGAUUUUCCGCACAGAAAAGCAGGGCUGGGGUGCCAGGACAUCAGUGCCCAUCCAACGUGGCCGUGUUCUGGGGUUGUAUACAGGCAAACUGAUGUGCGUCGGGCUAAGUGAACUGACUUCAUCUGACUCGAUCGUAGACCCCGUUUGGAAGCGGAGACGCUGGCUAAUGCAGCCUACUGCUUUGACCUUGAUUUCAACGACGAACAGGUGGAUGACCCAACUUGUCUACUCAGUGUCGACUCGUGUUCAUAUGGUACUUACUCUUCUUUUCGUGCUCUCGCCAACUAAACCAAUCACAAUGCCAGGAAACUGGACUCGAUUUGUCAAGCAAGUCUUCUAUCUUGCCGUCAACUGAUCUCUGACCCAUCGGCAGUCAUUCCUGUGCUCCAAACGUCUUUGUCCAACCCGUUGUCUGGGACACCUUGCCUCAGCAGAAUUGUGCCUUCUUGGCGCUAAUUGCUGCGACUGACAUUGCCCCGUACACCGAAUUUGCCAUCAAUUACGACCCCGACGUUGAUCCGUCCCUGCCGAGACCAGCAAACUCACUGGACUGUACGUGCAAUGCGCCUGAGUGUAGGGGUUGGGUGAGAUCUAUGUAGCCGAUUUUAUAAUCUGAGUAUGCUGGCGGAGUAUUUCCCCGUGCGAUCAUAGUGUAAGACAUAUGUAUCAAUCAAGAAUGCUGUUUUGCAGCCGA